CCUUUCAUGAGUAAAAAGUAUCCGGAGCGUCUCUCCUCCUCCCUACAGAUGGCAGAGCAGCCGCGGGAUUAGACUGCGCAUCUGCACCGAGAUUUACCGUCCAAACUCCGCGCGCCACAACCGAGCGGACCCAGCCUGCUGCGCGCGAGCUCCGGGGGGCUUCGGAGGGGCAGUGAAGACUCAGCACACCGCGGACCACCGGCAAAGAGGGCCAUGCCGUUUGGCUGUUUAACACUCGGAGAGAAGAAGGACUACAACAGUCCGACAGAGAUCACAGACAGAUAUGACCUGGGACAGCUCGUUAAAUCGGAGGAGUUCUGCGAGAUCUUCCGGGCCAAGGACAAGACCACGUCGAAAAUGUACACCUGCAAGAAGUUCCUGAAGAAGGACGGGAGGAAAGUGCGGAAGGCGGCAAAAAACGAGAUUUUCAUUCUGAAGAUGGUGAAGCACCCCAACAUCCUGCAGCUGGUGGACGUCUACGAGACCAGAAAAGAGUACUUCCUCUUCCUGGAGCUUGCUACAGGCAGAGAGGUGUUUGACUGGAUUCUGGACCAGGGCUACUACUCGGAGAAGGACACCAGCAACGUGAUUCGGCAGGUGAUGGAGGCAGUGGCCUAUCUGCACUCCCUCAACAUCGUCCACCGUAACCUGAAGCUGGAAAAUCUGGUGUAUUAUAACCGCCUGAAGCACUCCAAAAUCGUCAUCAGUGAUUUCCACCUGGCCAAGCUUGAGAAUGGCCUCAUUAAGGAGCCCUGUGGAACUCCAGAGUACCUGGCUCCAGAAGUUGUUGGCAGGCAGAGGUAUGGUCGGCCUGUGGACUGUUGGGCACUGGGAGUGAUCAUGUACAUACUUCUUUCUGGGAAUCCACCGUUCUAUGAUGAAGCUGAUGAUGAUGAUUAUGAAAAUCACGACAAGAACCUGUUCCGCAAGAUUCUGGCAGGAGACUAUGAGUUUGAUUCUCCGUACUGGGACGAAAUCUCAGACUCAGCCAAAACUUUAGUAUCGCGUCUGAUGGAAGUGGACCAGGAUCAGCGGCUCACGGCGCAGGAGGCCAUCAACCAUGAAUGGAUAUCUGGGAACGCCGCCUCGGAUAAGAACAUCAAGGAGAACGUGUGUGCGCAGAUAGAGAAGAACUUCGCUAAAGCAAAGUGGAAGAAAGCCGUGAGGGUCACGACCAUCAUGAAGAGGCUGAGAGCUCCAGAGCACCAGAACACCGACUCAGCAGCUGUAGCCAGUGCAGGAGCCCCAAACCCUGCAGGCGGAGCCCAGGAGAACCCUCAGGCUCCAUCUGAGGCCUCCACAACUCCUGCUAAUGCUACAGCACCAGAUAACACCCCUGUCGCUACAGCAUCCCCUGCUGGCCUGGAGGCCGCUAGCGCAGAAACCCAAGCAGCAGCAGCCGGAGCUUCAGCGCAUCCACCAGCUGAACCGGCUCAGCCUGGUUUAGCCGCUGAACAAGGCGAUGCUAAUUCUCAAUCACGGUGCAACGGUGAGGCUCCCGCUAACCCACCAUUAGCCACACAUACCGGAGACCAACAGAAUGGUUAAAGUUCCUUAAUCGGUCGCCCCACUUCCCCUUCCUCCCUCGCAUUUAAACCUUCAGCUUUGUAAAUUAGCUGCUAGCAUGGUCACCCUGAACCUGCUUCGCUCUCAUGCUAACAUUAGCAUCGCCAGCGCUGGUCAAACACAGAGCCUCGCCACUGUCCUUUCCUGAGCUACAGUAUCUGCAAAUUAAGUUAGCCUAAAUCACUUUCCCUGGGAAUUCUGAUACUCUUUAACAGCCUGUGUGUGCGCUACGCUAACUAGCCAUACUAAGCUAACACGUAUUGAUUAGCAUUCUGAGCUAACCUGUGUGGUAAUUUUUCAUUGGAUUGAAUUGAACUGCAAAAACACAAAAGGAAAUGUAACUCAUAAAAAAGUUUUUUUUUCUUUGGUCAGUUGUUAAGAAAAAUACAGAGAUUAGCUUGAUUAGCUUGUGCGGAGUACAGUUAGCCACACUGCGCUAUUUGUUUUCUUUCUUUUUGACUCUACAAUGAAGCUAAUUGAUGCUAAAAGUGUGUGAAACCUGACAUAUAGUGUUUUAUCAAUCAUUUUUUCCAAAAUUUAAUUUAAUUUAAUUUAAUUUAAGAUGUUAAAAAAAAAAAGUGCUAUUCCUUAAAAAUUUAAAAUACUUUUUUCUGACAUAAACAUAAUUUCAGGCACUUGACAAAAAAAUGAAGAUAAUUUCAUCUUCAACAUUCAACCAAAAUGGAAUGUAAAUACUACGAACAACAUAAAGCAGGGUAGGAAAUACUUUAUAAAGAUGCUAAUGCUAAGUCCAUGCUAAGUCCAGUCAAGUCAAGUUAGCGUUUAGCACUGGGCAUUUUGCUGGAUUCCUCCCUACAAAGCUGUUUACAUUUCUACCGUUUAGCAUUUUAAUGGUACAGAUGUCUCUACUCUGACGUGGCUAACUUAUUAAUGAUAAAUUAGCAUAAUCUGUGGCAUUAAAUCAUGUUAAACAUUUGCUCGACUAGCCUAGGGAGGCGUGGCUUGGCUCUUUAAGAAUUGUAAAGUUUCUGUAAAUACUAACCUCCACAGACGUAGCCAAAAACAGCAUGCUUUUUGAGAUUUGCUGUUUAUUUCAUACCUACAAUCUCCUGGCAAUCUCCGUGUGUCGAGAACGAUGUCCGACUAUUUUGGCCUUAUCUGGAGAAUUUGUCCCUCCUGGUCCAGACAUUUCUAACUCGUAGGCUCCGUUCACACAGCAGGUAAAAGUGGCCCAAAUUUAAUUUUUUGAACAAAUCCAAAAUCUGAUAUUUAUUUUAGGCUGUUCACACAAUCUUUUUAACUCGACCCAUAUCUGAUAUCUGUCGGAACAGUUCACACUGUGUAAUUGACACUCUUGCAAAGCAGGGAGCAGCGCUUCACAAUAAGUUUUAGUUUCAUUCUUGUCAGAAUGUCUAGAGCUAUUAAUGAGUUCACACUGCAGCUGAGCUUAUCACAGAGAGAAAAAUCACAAUAUUUGGUCACAGUCAGGUUUUUUCGGAGACAGUUUUUAGUUUUUUUAUUUCUUUAAUUCUGCAGCCACAACAAGCCUUCUUAUAUUAUUAAAUUAUAAUUAUAAUAAAAUUAUUAACAUUAAGUCUGAUCUGGCCAUUCAGACAGUCGCAUUUGUGAAAAUUGGAUAUGUAUAAGAUUUCAGUUCCACAUAUUAAAGUGGUGCAAAUCAGGAUUGAAAAUGUUAGAUUCAAUGCACUUUGUUCUGUUUACACUGCAAACACAAAAAUGCAGGUGUGAAAUCAGCGAUCACAUUUCUGGUGCAGAAUAAAACAACCGUAUCAAGACCCGGGAGAGGAGGUGUUCAGGGCAGUUUAAUCUGAUUUAUUACCCAGAUUAUUACUACAGCUAUUAACUAAUGCAUCUCUGCUGCUGCUCCAUGCUAAACUGUUCACACACUGAACGCUGUAUGUGCAGCGCUAACUGCUCAAGUCCGUGCAACUCUGAAAACCAACUGUGGUGGAAAAAAUUAGUGACAGAACAAACACAAAAUCUGAGUCUGGAUCGAAAGUGAGUGGAGAAUUUUUAUUGGAGAAAAAGAGAGAACGCACUACAUAGCAUUCAUAAGAGUCUUUCUACCCUGUACAGUUAUCUUUUCAGCCUAUAUAUACUCUCUAUUCUCCCUCAGGUCAUUUCCUUAUAUGGUCUUAAAUUCACGUCACUCCGUGCCCCACCUCGACUGAACCAAUAGUGCUACGUAUGCUUAUAUCUUGCUGAAGGGUUGCCCGCAAUUCGAAUUCUAGUUACAAAUAUAUACAUGAAUGUUACUUGUCAAGAGAAAUAAAACAAUAAAAAAUAAAAGAACCCACUAUGCUCUCCUUAUUGAUUAUGAAUCACCUCAAAUAAAUAAAAUGUCAUCACACAUCGCAACAGUUUGAACAUCCGUUCUGCGCAUCCCAUUAAAAACAAUGUGUUUGAAAUGUGUUCAGACAAUACAUUGUGCUCGUGUUGUUUGUUGGAGCGCAUUUUGGUGCGUUAAGGUUUGUGCCUGUGUGAAAACAAACCAAACCGAAGUAGAAAACGCUCCGAGUGAAUGAAAGACCCUAUUUGGGCCACAUUUACCUGCUGUGUGAACGUAGCCAUAUACACAGACUAAUCGAACACGUGCUACACUUACACACACUUUAGCUCUCUAGGCUGCUAUUUGCAUUUUCACUUGUGAUGGUUUUAGAAAAGGGUUUAAAGACUCAAAAGGUCUGAUUAGCAUCUAGUUGAAAUAAUAAGACAGGCCUUCACACUUUGCUUGGAUCUGCACGGUAGCUAGGCAAACGUCAAUAAGAUAAAAGGUACGUUUUUAAGAGUAUGUUAUCGUCAUAUUGUUGUAUAAAGAAAACACUGCGCGGUAGAUUUUUUUAUUUAUUUAUUUUGUUUGUUUUUUAUUUAGAUUUGUGUUCUGAAGAUGUCGAGAUGUGAAAGCGACACACUGUGGAGUUGGUUCAGCUUUUAUAUUUAUGAUUUAUUGAUUUUUCUUGUUUCUUUAUUUAUUCGUUUAUUAUUUAUUCAUUUAUUUAUCGCCUAGGUUGCAUUAGGCCCUGUUCUGCUAAACACAAUAUGCUGUAACUGUUUGUUAGUUUUAACGUAGUAGUUUUUUUGUGUUUUGCUCAACUUUAGCUACUAUGCAUUCAAAGUCAGCAUUACAGUUUAUGUCGGUUUACUGAACCUAACGUGGUGUCAAAAAAAGAAUCUGUCUACAUAUGAAUACAACAUAUGAGAGGAAAAAUGGAUGAUCAUGUUUUUAUUAUUGGUUACAUGACUAUUAGUGACACAGGAAAUAAUUAUGUAAUAAAAGAUGCGGGCCUUUUUUUUUUUAGAUAUUUCACUUUAUUCAUUGUACACUAUUAUAUGUUCAUUUUUUAAUAUCUAUUAUUAUAUCAUUUAAUAUUUUAAUAAAUUUCCAUUUUAAUAUACCAACACAUCUCCAUGCAUUUUAGCAUGAAGUAUAACACUGAAAAACUCACUACCAUAUUUUUCGCAUUAUAAGGCGCACUAUAAUCUGAUCUGUUUUCAUACAUAAGGAGCAUUAUUCAACACUAGUAAGGAACAGGGGUGCCGCCAUGUUUUCCUUCUAAUUUAGCAGUCUAAGCUAAUUAUGUAAACAAAACUGUAAAAUUUUUCUCUCUUGAAAACUGUUUAUUUGGGUGAGUAAAGCGCUUCUGUUCAUUUGCAGUAUGUUUAGAUUCCUGAAUUUCUCCAGCAUUAAGGCUGGAGCAUUAGCAUUUAGCACCUCACUGCUAGCAGUAAUGCUAAUGCUGCUCCAGCAUUGCUAGCCAUGGUAACAUGCCAAUAAUAUUUACUUCUGAACGGCCAAAGAGCUAGCGCUUAGCAUGGUUAGCGGGUAAAGCUAAUGCUGCUCCAGCAGUGCUAGCCAGGGUUAGCAGCAGGCUACAGGCCGAUAUUACUCACCUCCAAAUGACAAAAGAGCUAGAGCUUAGCGCUGUCAGUGGGUAAUGCUAAUGCUUCUCCAGCAGUGCUAGCCAGGGUUAGCAGCAGGCUACAGGCCGAUAAUACUCACUUCUGAAUGGCUAAAGAGCUAGCGCUUAGUGUAGUUAGCGGGUAAUGCUAAUGCUGCUCCAGCAGUGCUAGCCAGGGUUAACAGGAGGCUACAGGCUGAUAAUACUCACCCCUGAACGACGAAAGAUCUAGCACUUAGCGUGGUUAGCGGCUAAUGCUAAUGCUGCUCCAGCAGUUCUAGCCAUGGUAACAGGCUGAUAAUACUUACCUCUGAAUGGCCAAAGAGCUAGCACUUAGCGGGUAAUGCUAAUGCUGCUCUAGCAGUGCUAGCUGUGGUUACAAGCUUAUAAUACUCUGAACGGCUAAAGAGCUAGUGCAUAGCACAUUUAGCGGCUAAUGCUAAUACUGCUCCAGCCUUGGUGCUGGAGAAACUUCACUGAAACUCCAUGGAGUGGCUUUACUGCGCCUCAAUACCUGACAGGUAGACUUCAUACACAAGGUGCACCAGAUUUAAAGGCACACUAAUGAUUUUUGGUAAAAUUAAAGUAUUUUAAGUGCACCUUAUAGUGCGAAAAAUACGGUAACUGAAGCUCCAGCGCCUUCGUGUGAUUAAAUAAGAUGAUUAACACUGAUAAAGUUAAAGUAAGAGGAGUGAUGGAUGUUUUCAGCACAAACCAGAGCAAUAGUUUACUGCGAUACUGUGACGCCUGUUUCUGCUGUUCUGUUAUGCUAUCCACCCCUGAGUGGGGCAUCCUCUGUUCAAACAGCCUGUCUGUGCUAAUAAUGCUAAUUUUGGAUGGAUACUGGAUUGAUCUCGAUGUUGGAUUAGAUGUUUAUCAUGUCUUCAGCCUGUAAACAUGCUAACUUUAAAAUCUCAAACAUCUGUGUGAUUCUCCUUCUUCACGUGGCGGCUAAAUGCUAUGGCUAAUGCUGUAGGUUUGCACCUACACCUACAUUUACACUUUGGGUGCAUCCCAUGUAAUGCAUACUAAUUACUGAUACUAACUAGAUUUUGAGUAUUAACAGGGACAUAUUAUGCAAAACUCAAUAAUGUGUGAGAGUACACAGCAGGAUUAUCCAGCAGACCUCAUCUGAGGGAGGCAUCUGUACCUACUGUCUGUAGCAAGUCAGUAUAUGAGGAUGUGGGAGAUGGAAGUGCUUUCAAAUAAAAAAAAAAGUUUUCUCAUGAGUGUUUCUAUCACAGUUAAACAUGAACUAGCUUGUUUGUGUUUUGCCGUUUAGCACAAGCUAACACUAACCUGUGAUAAACACUCAGCGUGCAAACAUGGGCGUGGCCAGCAGCAGCUUAUUUGCAUAAAAGCGACAGAGCCCUUAAACAGCUCAAUCUGAAAGAGACUAAAACUGGCAAGAAUAAAACUGGUGAGUUCUGGUGAGAUUAGCCAGUAGACUUUGUCUGAGGGAGGAAUCUGUACCUCUACUGUCUGCAGCAAGUCAGCAGAUGAAGGAAAGGUAUAAUAUGUCCCCUUUAAUAAUUAAAUAUAGACAAAAGUGUAAAAGUUGAGUAUACUCAGCUAACAACAAUACAUUAUCAGGAUUGGAUAGUUUUUGAGUGUGGAAUGCAGUUCAAAAUGGAACAAUUUUAGAACAAAAAAAGUAUAGACAACAAAAUAAGGGCACAUCUUAUUUUAUAAUAUCCUAUUUUUUUAUUUUAAUUUAAUUUAAUUAAUCAUUCCUUAUUUCUUUUUUUUAUUUGUUCAAACUCUAUGGCCCCUUCUGUCUGAUGAAUUUAUAUACUUUACCUGUUCUGUACAUUUCUUUAAUAACUGACUAUAACACAUGAGACUUUAAUUAAAUAAUACAUUAAUAUAAUAAUAUUGUAUUUAUUUAUUUUUUAUUUUUAUUUUUCUCCAGCAGUGUUAGCCGGGGUUAGCAGCAGGCUACAGGUCAAUAAUUCUCACCUCUGAAUGGUGGCCAAAGAGUUAGCGCGUAGUGUGGUUAGCGGGUAAUGCUAAUGCUGCUCCAGCAGUGCUAGUCAUGGUUACGGGCCGAUAACACUCACCUCUGAAUGAUGGAAGAGCUAGUGCUUAGCACAGUUAGUGGGUAAAGCUAAUGCUGCUCCAGCCUUGAUGCUGGAGAAACUUCACUAAACACCUGGAUUUUUUUUUGUUGUUGUUGUUAUUUUAAUUAUAUUUUUAUUAACCGUUCCUUAUAUAUAUUUUUUUAUUUGUUCAAACUCUAUGGCCCCUUCUGUCUGAUGAAUUUAUGUACUUUACCUGUUCACAUGAGACUUUAAUGAAAUAAUACAUUAAUAUAAUAAUAUUGUAUUUAUUUAUUAUUUUUAUUUAAAAAUUUUUGAAAGCUAAAACCAGGAGGGUUCUAAUACAAAACAAAUAAAUGGAAUGAUUUCUAUGUAUGUUUGUCUGAUAAUAAUAAUAUUAAUAAUAUAAUUAAUAAUGAAGAUUUUUACCGAGUACAGAAUACGUGUACACUUAGACCGCAACGAAAUACUGUGUUAAUACGACUCAAAGCAAUGCUUUUUCUAGGGCAGAACAUUUGCAUUUUUCCGUGUUUUAGUCGUCUGUUGAUUUCUCUUCCGGCACUUUCUGGUGUAUUUGAUGCCGUGGUUGUUCGUGGACGUGUGGGCUCUGAUGGAGCUCUGGUCUUUCUCACCUUUAACCUCUGUAUUCCUCUGAGUUUCAUCUGUUUGAUGGUAAUAAACAAAACAAAAACACACAAAUAAAUAAUGAAUAAAAUCUCAAUACAAAAAAAA